AUGUCUAUUCCGCCUUCGGAUAUCGAGACUGGCGUCUCCAACGGCGACGUCGACUGGCUCUUUCGAGGCAAGUCUAAGAAGCUCACCAAGAAGCUACACCUGGAUAAACCUGGCGACGACGAUAAGAAGGAGGAUGGGAGCGAUAAGGAGAAGGCUGUGGCUAGUGAGGUGAAGGAGGACGCCAAAGAGGUUCCUGCUAAGGCUGUGGCUCUGGAGAAGCCAGUGCCAGCUGAACCUGCUACGCCUAAACAACCGCCGCUGAAGCCGGUGCCUUCUAAAUCGCCUUCUGCGUCGUCGGUGCUGCUAACGGCGUCUCAGGACCUGCCACUGCAGCCAAAGAGAAGAUCUAGUAUCAGUUUUAUGAACUUGGGCAGCGGGAACGCUUCAAAUGGUGCUUCUCUGGAUACUGAGCUGGGGUCGUCGCAGCCUCCACUGAGAUCUAACUCGGGAAGAGGCCGGUCGUUUUUUAGUUCGAUCUCGCUGAAGUUUAAGUCGUCGAAUAACGGGUCGAGUGCUAGUAACUCGCCUAGCCAGAGCCCUCAUCCUGGCUCCAAUAAGCUUAAUCCUAAUAUGAUCGGCUCAGGGUCGCUUCCUCCACCGGCUAACCAAGAUUUGGCUUCUUUGGUUAAUAGGCCACCGCCAGAGGCUGGAAUUGCUAUCCCACAGUCUAAGGGCAGACGUUCUUCGUUCUCGUCGAGUCCUAAACUGUCUGUGGAUUCAGAUCGUAGCGGUUUCUUUAAACGCAGAACACUGAAUGUCGAUCAAAACCCACCGCCUCCUCAAAGGAAAGUUCUCAACAAAAACCCAAACAAGGAGAAGGUUAUGCGGGAGUUUGCCCAACCUAAGCUUAAACGUGUUGCUUUCUCUUUGGAUAAGCUCAGUGACGAUCCUCAACAGCAGAUUCCUUCGAGGCGUCCUAAGAAAGGUAAUGUUCUUAUUCCUGAAGACUUGACUGCUCCUCUCCCUCGACUUUCACAGGGUAUUUCUGUCAGUGACAGUAAAGGAAACAAGACGAAUGUUGCUGAGACGAAGUACUCGGAGAAGGAGCUCCAAAUGGCUGUUGAUGCACAGAGAAAGGCGCUUGCUGAAGCAGAGAAACACGCCAUGGAUGCCCAUCUCUCGGCUAAACGCUUGGCAGCUCAGAUCUCUCUGUUUAAGACCUCCAACAAAUGUCCAUCGACUGUUGAAGAGGAUGAAGUGGACAUCCAGGCAGAAAAGAUCGAGAUCGAUAAACCUUUGCAUGUUCACGAGAACCAUUUCGACGAGAAGGAUGAACACACGGAAGUUCCAAUCGAAGAGUUAUCUCUUGAGGAUAUCUACAGCCGUUGUUGCCAUCUUCGUGAGAUCUUACCCAUUCCAGCUACUCUUAAACAGUUGAAGAACAAGUCGAGCCCUCUUCAGACGCUCAAGCUUCUCAACCCAAAACCAACGUUGAUAGAUGUUCUUUCCUUUAGCGACUUCCUCGCCAUCACCCCUAUCAACACGGUUAUUUUUGAUAAUGUCACGAUGACAACCGAGAUGCUCAAGCACUUGUUGGGCGCUUUGGUUCACAGCAAAACUUUGGAGAAGCUCUCACUUCGUAAUGUGGCCAUUGAUGAAACCGGUUGGCUAUACCUUUGUGAGUUUUUGGGAAGAAACCGUACCGUCAAGAAGCUUGAUAUCUCUCAACAAAGAGUUAAAACAGUCACUAAACAGACUUCUUUCCGUUCCGCCAUGAACUGGAACUUAUUCAUUAAAACAUUGAUUGCAAGAAAUGGUAUUGAGGAACUCGUUAUGGGCGGUUGCAAGCUCACUGACGACACGUUUGAGAAGCUUCUAGAGGAAGCUCUCACGCUUGCCACUUGCAGACUUGGCGUGGCUGCUACUGAAAUCAACGUAAACAAGUGCAGAUUGAUUGCUGACUGGAUCAGCAGACCCAACUCCAAGUGUGUGGGUAUCGACAUUGCCUAUAAUGAUUUGAGUCAGGGACAGCUUCGUCCAUUUAUCGAUGCUUUCAGCACCAAAGAAACUCGACUCAUUUUCUUUUCGCUUAAUUCAACAAACCUUCAGAAUAUGGAGGAAGUGGGUGAACUUUUAAGAGGACUUGCAAGGGUACAAACGCUCCGUUUCUUGGAUUUGAGUUCUUUGCCACAGCUUUUCCCUGGUGUCAUCUCAAAACUUAGCAAGACUUUGCCAUAUUUCCCCUCACUAAGGCGUGUUCAUUUUGAUUUGAACGAGCUCACAUCCCAAUCAAUUGAUGCCAUCGCUGAUAUCUUGCCAAAGGUUAAGAACCUCGUGCAUGUUUCGCUUCUUGGUAACCGUAAUUUGGACCGUGGCUGUAUUGGUUCGUUGUACACCGCGGUCAAGAACUCCAAGAUCUUCAAUCUUGAUUUGGAUUACGAUUUAGUUCCCGAUGAGCUCUCACAGAGACUUGCUCUUUACUUGAUGAAGAACUUGGACAGACAAAUCCGGCCCGACAUUUCAAGCCGUGGCGAUGCUGCUCAGGAUGACGUCAUGUUUGACGGCUCUCUACUUAUGGAAACCGCCGAAAAGAUGUUGAUUGAAAGCGACAAGAACUCUGGAGAAGCGGAUUUGAAGCUUCAGAAGAUCAUCACCAAUGCAUUGAUUGAAAGAACAAAUUCGAUCAGAAAGGAUAUCCACAAGAUCAUCGAUGGACUCUUCCAAAAGCGUGCAACUGGAGCUCUCAAUUUCGAAGACAAGGAGAGUUUGUUGCGUUUCUGUCUCCUCGAUGCUUCGCUUGAAAAGGUUGUUCACUUGUUCGAGCAGAAAGCAAAGAAGUUUAUUAAUACCCCAUUGAGUCCAUCCCCUUCGGCGCAUGAAGACAAGCAGCUCUCCCUCGAUCUGGCCAUUUCUUUAGGACCUCGUUCUGAACCACAAAAACAGACCGAUCACCAACAGCUUCACGAGGGAUCCAAGGCUCUUAUUGAUGCUGGACCGAUCUUGAUGGCCAAGUCCAGGCCUCCAGCAGCGGCAACAUGUGCUUCUAAUGAACAAACGUUCGAACCGCACCAGGUUGUCGUGGAGUCUGGCUCUGACGGUCUGACAGUUCCAAUUGAUAACACAACCGGUCGCCCAGUGUUGUUUAGAUCGAUGUCACAGACUUCAGUACAUGCCAAAGAACAAGAGAAGGAAGAAGGUGAAUUCCAUCGUUGGGGCUAUUUCAUGGAACACAGGAGGUCCCAAGAGGCAGCAUCUGAUGAGAAGAAGCAAGAUAAGUUGGUCAUUGGCGCCGUUCCAUCCGGAUCAGAGCUUCGUGAAGCCAUCAUUGACGCUAAAGGCGUUGACUCUGUUACAGACUUAAUUACCAAAAUCAAUAGCCACAGAGUCAGUUUGGAUGGUAUCUACAAUCCGGAAGACAAAGGUGCAACAGAUCAACGUCCGCCUGCUCCUCAAACCGCCGAGCCUGCUUUUCAGGACGCACAGGAAACAGUCCAGGACGACGACACACAUUCCAUCGAUUCCAACGAAGAACAAAACGUUCAUCCCGUGGUCGAUGAGGCUUACGAUAAGCUAUUGAACGAAGCCCAGAGGGUACGGUCCAACAAGGACGCCGGUUCAUAA